AUGUUGCACGCCUCUUUUUCUUUUUUUUUCUUCUUCUUCACUUUCUUAAACGCGUUCUUCUUCCGACACCUCCUUUCACCUUCAAUGUUCCACUCCGUCACUUCCUUUCUUUUCUCUCUUUCUUCUUUCUUCUUUCUUACACAUUCUCUUCUUUUUUUAUUUACUAUUUUUUCCUUCUCUUUAUCGCACGCUAUCUUUUUCUUUUUUCAAUCUUUCAAAUAUUUUAAUUAUUAUGUCUUUUUCUUUUGUUUUCGGACUUCUCUUCAUUCCUCUUUUUUUUUUCUUCUUCCUUCGUUUACGUUCACCACUUCUUUCUUUUCUCUUGUUUUGCAUUUUCUUCUUUUCCAUACUUAUCUUUUAAAUACUAUGUUUCUUUUUCUUCUUUUUUGCUUUCUGUUGUGUCUUUCUUUUCUUUCUUUUUUUGUUGCCUUCUUUCUCCAAAUCACUUCAUCCUUACUGUUCUUUUUCUUGUUUUCUUUAUUUCUUCAAAUCCCUGCAUCCUUCCUUUUUUUUUCUUUUUUGUUUCCUUCUUUCUUCAAAUCGCUUCCUCUUUCUUUUUGUUUUUUCUUUCUUUCUUCAAAUCACUUCAUUCUUUUUCUUUUUCAUUAUUUUUGUUUCUUUCUUUCUUCAAAUCACUGCAUGCUUCUUUUUUGUUUCUUUCUUUCUUCAAAUCACUUCCUCUUUCUUUUUCUUUUUUGUUUAUUUCUUCAAAACAUUCUUUUUCAUUUUCAUUAUUUUUGUUUCUUUCUUUCUUCAUAUCACUUCAUCCUUCUUUUUCUUUUUUGUUUCUUUCUUUCUUGA